CAAUCAUAGAACUUUUCUAAGGAGAGCUUCCCGUAGAUAAGAAUUCAAGUCUCCUCUUUGUGACACAGUUUUAUAUCAAGAAACUUGUAAUAAUUCAAGGAUCUAAGCACAAAUUAAUGUUUGAUGCUGGACUGGAGAUUAGCAAGUGCACAUUUGAUCCUGGCUGUGACGUUGAUGUUGUGGAGCUCAGGCAAAGUGCUCUCAGUGGAUGCAGCCACAGAGGUUUUUGAUUCUGAAGUCAGAGAUGUGCAGUCACCACCCACAGCCAGGGAAGAAAAAUCAGCCACUGAUCUGGCAGCAAAACUCAUGCUUCUUGAUGAACUUGUAUCUCUGGAGAAUGAUGUGAUUGAAACAAAGAAGAAAAGGAGCUUCUCUGGUUUUGGUUCUCCCCUAGACAGACUCUCCGCUGGCUCUGUAGAUCACAAAGGUAAACAGAGGAAAGCUGCAGAUCAUCCAAAAAGGCGAUUUGGUACCCCUGUGGAUCGGAUUGGUGGCAACCGGUUUUCAAAUUCCAGAGGCUAAUUGAUUCCAAUUACGUGAGUUCCUUGGGUGAAAUGUCACAGAAACACGGACGAUGCUUCAGUGAAGUUCUUCACACUCCUUAAUGAUUAAACUUUUAAGGAACUGGCCUUCUGUAAAUCCUUUCCAAAGCUUGAACUUUGGUCCAUCAUCACAGUAUUGUUACAGCUUCAAGUAAAUUAUGCAGAUCAUUUCAGUGCGUGGAUAUUUUGUAAAUAUAUAGUUUAGAUAUUUAGGAAUGUGGUUCCUUGGCCCCAAACCUUACUUUUCUAAGAAACAAUCAAAAAACACAGCGUAGUGAAAUGCCUUCUUUAUGAAUUUACCAUUUGCAUUUAUGCAGUUGAAGUAUAACUGAAGACUGAUUCAUUUCUUUAAAACUUAGUUACCAUCUGUUUAUUCAUUAUUGGGGAACAAGGAAGACAAUGCUGUGUAUUUUCUCCUGAAUGCUUUCACUUCUCUCUUAUCCUUUGUGGGCCUCUUGGGUAAUGAUUAUGAAAUUAGACUUCUCUUAUUAGAUUCAAAUUUCAGUCAGUUUCAACGAAAUGAAACACAGCCCCAGUUUUAGAAAUAAGAGGGUAAAAAAGAUCUCUGAGCAAGGAAAAAUGUAAUUAAGUCUAUAAAUUUUAGUCUCCCAAAGAACUGAGAUAAUACCAGGAGUUAAGAGAAUAUUGACUUAGAAUUAAGAAGUGAAGGAUACUACUCAUUUGUCAAGCUUGGAUAUCCCAUGUUCCCUAAUAACUUUCCAUUUCUCUAAGUUACAACUGAUAGUUAAUUCAGAGCAGCACUGGCUGGUUAUGAGAAGAACAACUCCUUAUAACAAUACACAGAAGUAAAAUGAAAGUGCGUAUAGGGAAGUAAAAAAAUCAUCAAGUAGUAGACCAUGACAGCAGUCUGGGCCAGUUAAAUACACAUAGUUUUAGCACAGUAAAUUUCAACAUAGUACAAUAAGCAGACAUUUAGAUAAUACUGACUCACCUAAGAAACUGUUUAAUCUGUUUCAUAUACUGUGUUUAAUGAGACAUUAAAGAGUGUAAUGUGUUUGAGAAUGAUUUCUUUAAAAUGAUUCGAAUCACUUUUAGUUGAUCUAUCAAAGCAUAAGUUUUGAUAUUCUGGAAGACUCAGUUCUUAGCAAUAAUUGUGAUGUUACUGUAAUUGAAGCAUUGUGUAUUAAAUAUGGGUUUCAAAACACAAAGAUAACUUAUUCCUCGGACCAGAAAUUUAACAUAAGUUAGAAGUUUAUAAAUUCUCUGGGGAACAUUUCAUUAAACACUAAUCACUGUCAAAUAGACCUGAUAGUUGGGAGGAAAAAAGUUUGGCCAGGAGAACAGAGUUUUAUUUUAGCAUAAAAAUGAAGAGUGUUAAACGAAGAUAUAUUCAUGUUAGAAGAACUGGAGAGAAAAGGAUAGUUGUUAAUCUUAACUAAGAAUGAAUAAAUGUACAAUUGAAAAAAUAAAAUAAACUCAGAGAAACAUAAAAAUGAACAUACGAGUAUGUAUGUACUCAGAAUACAGAGUAGUUUUAUAUAUAACUUCUUAGUUUAAACUUAGUUUAAACUUAUAUAUAACUUUUAGUUUAAAAAUUUUCCAACUACUGGAAAUCUUUAAAUUUAAGUUUAGGAAAAAACAGUAAAUGAAUGAUUCUUUUCAUUGUGAUAGAGAAAAAUGAAUUUUGAGAAAGCUUGCUAAUUUUGUUUUUUAUAAACUUAACAUUAGAAAGUUAGCAGUGAUACAUGGGCAAAGAUGCUGCAAGACUCACUAUUUGAAAGAAUUAUUUAAAAAGAAGUUAUAAUUUCUUUUGCCCACAUUCCCCUAACCUCCUGAUGAAUUAUAGAAAUGUGUCCUGUUAUUUGGAAGUGCUUUUUUCCUGUUUCUCCCAUUUGAAUAUUUGUAAGCUUCUAAUCCAACUAGGGGCUGCUGCUUCACACUUGGACAAAAGGUAUUCAAACUUACUUUAUCCUAAAAUUUUCUCAUGGUGAAGAUUUGAGUUGGAUUGAACAAAUUGAUUUCCUAUCUGCUUUAUUUUUUUAAUUCAUAAUUAUGCUUAUGGCAACCAAUUUAAUUAAAGAGGUCACAAUGUAUUGAUUUAUACUCUAGUGUGUAAUGCAUUUGUCUCAUAAUAUAAUAUAUACACAAGACUUCUAUGAAGAAAAAAAGUGUUUUCUCCAUUUGUAACUAUUUUAUUUCAUAUUUUAAUUUUUACCACUUUACACAGAGUAGAAAAUAAGUCAGCAGUAUACUAGUUUAAAAUAGGGCAUUCUUUUAACAUAGCAGGAAAUUAAGAUAUAAUUUCUGUUAAGAAUAUGAUGAGUCAUCUCAUUUAUUUGUCCGAUGUACUGUAUAUUAAGAAUCCAGCUAUAUUUCAUUGAGAUAUGAAUGGGACCUUGAAGGGACCUUUCAUUUAGUUUCACAGAAAUACAUCACUUCUCCCGUCACUCCCCCACCCCCAUCCCCGCCCUUUCGUUCCUGUGUGAAACUUCACAGAACAAAUUGUGAAUAUGGAUUUCUGGGUUCUGGCAUCAAUUACAUAACCAAUUUUUUAAAGACAGGAUGUUAAUUCCUGGUUUACAUUGACUUAAGAUUUACUCACACUAUAAAAAGUCUAGCAAAUUCUACCUUUAAUCUACAGAUUGCUUUAGGGAAUUAAAUUUCUUAAAGCAAUUUAUUAAGAGAUAAUUUAAUGAGUUCUAAAAGGAAGAAGUGUCAAAAGCUUUUUAAAGUGACAGUACCCCUGCAGGUUCAAAGUGCUUGAAUAUUGUUCAAUUGCUCUGAAGUUAAUAAACAUGAGAUG